AUGACAGACCAUUGUCCUUUGUGUAAUAUAUUAGAAAGAACAGUUAGAAAUGUCAGAGUAGAUCGCAUUGCAAAUGUAAUACAAGAAUAUAACGUCGAGCAAGUGAUUCAUAUCAAAGGUAGAGAAAAUUGUCUUCCUGACUUUUUAUCACGUCAUCCACGAGAUUAUGAUGACUUAAACGAUAUUGAUUAUGGCUUGGCAAAUAAGGAUUUGGUUGACGAAGUUUCUAAACCCUCUUUCUUGCUGCUCGUGGCAGCAGGAGUAGGAGAACAAAGCUCUUCUACACCAAAUCUUAUAUCGGCUAUGACAUUAAGAUCACACAAUAAAAAUAAUAAUAACGCAACAACAACACUAUCUGACGAUGAUAAUAAUCCAUCCCUUCAUAACAAUUCAGAUCCAAACUCAGAACCAGAGAAUGAUUUUGCACCAAAUAUUCUAACAAAUUUUUCACAUAAUCAUUUUGAUGUUACGAGAUUGAAAGAAGAACAAAGUAAUGAUCCUGAGAUUCAAAAGAUAAUCCAUGAUAAUAGAAUACAUUCAAAUCAAUCCUCGUUUAUUUUUAAAGAUAAUAUUUUAUAUAAACUAAUUCAACCAUCUCGUAAUUCUAAAAGAAAAAUUCACGUAGUAUAUCUUCCAACGUCAAUGAUCAAACCAUUACUUUAUGCAAUACACAACGAUCCGAUGAGUGGCGGGCAUUUUUCGAUUGAUAGAACGUAUAACAAAAUCAGAACAAAAUAUUGGUGGCCAAACAUGAAGUAUUCAAUAAUAAAACAUAUAAAAGCCUGUUUAAAAUGUCAACAACAUAAUAUAAAUCGUCAAAAGAAACAUGGUAAAUUACGCCCUAUACCACCACCUGAGGGACCCUUUCAGUUGAUCGGUAUCGACUACUGUGGACCUUUAAAACGGUCUCCACGUGAAAAUCAAUACGUCCUCGUAAUAACAGAUUAUUUCACUAGACAUAUCAUAGCAGUUGCAUUACCUAAUUGUACUGCACAAACAACAGCUCAAACAUUAUUUAAUGAAUACUUUUGUAAAUUUGGUAUACCAGCAGUAAUGUUAAGUGACAAAGGACCACACUUUCAAAACAUACUGAUGGAAAAUAUAUCAAAGUUAAUAGGUUACAACCACAUAUAUUCCACACCUUAUCAUCCUCAAACCAAUACCAUUGUGGAGCGGUUUAACAGCACUUUCAUUCCACAAAUUGCCAAAUUACAAGACGAUCAACAGAGUAACUGGGAUGAAUAUUUACAAGCUGUAGUAUUUGCAUAUAAUUCUGGAAUACAUAAAACCACAAAAUAUUCACCCUACGAACUCUUAUAUGGCAGACCACCACAAUUACCAAUAGAUCCACGUCCAACACAUUUUUCAUUUCAAAAACCUAAUGAUUAUUUUAUACAAUUACAAAAAACUUUAAAAAUUUAUCAUAAAAUGGCUAAAGAAAAUAUAAUACAUCAACAACAACUAAAUAAAAAUAGAUAUGAUAAAAAUCGUCCAGAUCCACAUUAUAACAUGGGAGAUAUGGUAUUAACAAGAAAUUUUAUCCGCGGAGACAAAUUAUAUGGUAAAUAUUCAUCCACACCCAAAAUUAUCAUACAUUCUAAUCAUCCUACCUACAUAGUUCAGGAUCCAGAAACACACAUCGAAACAAGAAUCCAUGUUGGAGAUUUGAAAUCUAUUCUCGUCGAUUAUUGA